CGAGUUCUCAGAAGAGCAGCCAAUCAAUAAUACAAAGUUUGAUCAUAAGUGGUCAUUCUCUCAACCCGGUUCACGGCUGCACACGGAUUAAGCUUCGCCAUAAUCUUGUGACCGCAAUAGUCUGUGCACUGUUUCAAGACAAAAUUUCAAUCAUACGGCUUUAAAGAUGGAGAAAAUCAUCCUAAAACUCCCUCUGAUAUUGCUGGCGCUGCAUAUACAAAGUGGAGAGUUUUCUAACAGUUCAGUUCUUGUGAUCGUCGAAGCUCCAAAGCCAGAAGUCGAGGAGUUCAACAACACAAUCUACGCCACUUGUGAAGUAACUCCCGUCCCUAAUUUACCCCCCAGCCAGCCACAGAUCUUAGGGCAGGUGCUUUUCAAGCAGGUCUUUCCCAGUGGAACCCUAAAAGUGAAAAUCAACCUCCACGGUUUGCCUGCUGAUGAUCAGCAAAUGCGUGCCAUCCACAUUCAUCAGUAUGGAGACCUCAGUCAAGGAUGCAUCACUGCUGGUCCUCAUUACAACCCGCAGGCGGUUGACCAUCCCGCUCAUCCUGGAGACCUGGGCAACUUUGUUUCCGAACAAGGAGUCAUAAGGCAGUUCCGGAAGCUCCCGGGGGCCAAGCUGUUCGGGGGUCAGUCCAUUCUGGGACGCGCGGUGGUGGUUCAUGAGAAGGAGGACGAUCUGGGAAAGGGGUUAGAUGAGGAGAGCAAACGCAGUGGGAAUGCCGGGAAGAGAAUCGCUGGCUGUGUGAUUGGCAUUACUACUCCAAGUCUGUGGCAGAAGACUGAACGGCUCCCUGGGGAAGAGCUGGAGGAAGUAAACGAGAGUAAAAGAUGAGAGUGGUGGAUGUGGAGCAGAAGAAAUAAUGCAUCGUGACUUAAAUUGAUACAUGAUACUGUUUAUAUGUAAGAACUGUGAUUGAAAUAGGACAAUAACGAUUAACUCUUAAAAAUGGGUUUUUAAGAAACUUUAAUUCAAACAUUAUUAAGAUCUUUUUGUGACUCCUCUUCAUGGAACCAGAGAAAUAAAUGUCAUUUUUAAUAGUGUUUUUUUUCUGUCCUACAUUAACAUAAAAUCCAUUUUAAAAAUGUAUUAAAAUUCCCUAUUUUUAUUUCCAUUACAAACACCAUGGUCCCUUUAAAUUAGGUGACUUUAACUACACUGUAAAAAACUAUUUGUUGAGUCAACUUAAAAUAAUUUGUUACCUGGCUGCCUUUAAAAUUUUAAGUUCAUUCAACUCAAAAAAGUUGAGUCAACUUGAAAUGUUAAGUUGUACUAAGUGACAACUAUUAGUGACAACUUAUAUAUCUGAGUUGAUUCAACUUAAAAUUUUAGGGAAGCUGGGUCACAAGCCCAGCUUUUAAGUUUAACAAAUUCAAUUUUUAGUUUAUUCAACUCAAAUAUCUAAGUUGUGACUUAGUACAACUUAAAAUUUUAAGUUGACUAAACUUAUUUGAGUUGACUGAAGAUUUUAAGGCAGCAGGGUAACAAAUUAUUAUUAUUAAGUUAACUCAACAAAUCGCAUUUUUUGUUGUUGUUGUUGUUGUUGUUGUUUUUACAGUGUAGCCCUCACAAUAAAAAAUAAUAGUAAUAUUAAUAGUUAUGUUCAUGUUUAAUUGCAAAUCACUUUUGUUGCUAUUGAAGCGGGUUAUAGUUAUGGUUAGGGACAGAUUUUGUCGUCUUCUACAGAGGAAAAAAAUAUAUGAGCUCUUGGUCAGUGUUGUACACUGGGAAAGAAAUGAAUAGGAAUUAAUUAAAUCAUAAAAAAAAAAAAAAAAAAGCUGUGUGUUUUGUUGAAUUGAAUUGAAUGUUGUUUAAUUUAAUUUGACCACUAUAAAAGAUUGACCAAGAUCCUGAAGCACAUGAGUUUCAACACUUACUUUUAUUUUAGGAGCAGUUGUGCUCCUAACUUAAAAAACUUAGAAGCACAGUCAAAAUUUCAGCAGCAUCUUCAAAUCAAUCAUGAAAAUAUCUGAUAAAAAAUUAGCCUUCCCAUUACCCAUUACAACGUGAUAUUUAUAUAGUUUGAAGUAAAAGUAUUUGAUGGACGUGACCUGACCUGACCUGAGCAUUUACUCAAUAUCAUUAUCUAAUUUUUGGCCGAGAUGGCUUUUAGCUGGUUUUGCAUUUGAACUCUUCAUAUAUAUAUAUAUAUAUACUAAAGCAAUAGAAUAAGAACAAGUAGAAUGAAAUCAGUAUUAACAAAAUAACAAAAUUAAUUAAUAAAUAACAGAGGUGGCACAGCAACUCAAAAGUUGCUAUAAGUAUAUUUUCAGAUGUUUAAUGCAAUUAAAUUCAUGUUUUAAAUAUAAACAUUUGAAUAUAGAAAUGUUAAAUGAUUUAAAUAAUAGUAAAGAUACUUUAAAAAUAAAAAAUAUAACUGCCAGUAGGUGGCAGCAAGUCACUGAUUUUAUUACCGAAUCAUUCAUUCAUUUGAUUCGUUUGAACGGCUGAUUCAUUCUGGAAUAAAGCAAGUGUGAACAAAGCAUGAA